GCAGAGGCGGCGGCGUCACUCUGUUCUUCCGCUCGUUUCCAGAGACGAAGCUGCGGGCAAGGAAAGUGUCACAGUUCAUCAAUGGCAGCUCCCAAUACCUAUGCAGUCCAUGUCUCCUCGGAGACCCACAAGAUUGAGGCCUGGUGCCAAUCUGAUGAAGCUUUGGCAAGGCAAUUGCAAGACGAGGAGGAUUCGCGUGAUGCUGCUGCUACAAGGGAACUUGCUGGUAAUAUAUCCUUGGAAACACCGUCACCAGCUGUUGAGUAUAUACCUGCCAAUAAUGCAGCUCAGGUGGCGAGGGAAGACAAUGUCGACCCAGAUAAUAUGUCAUAUGAGCAACUACAAGCAAUUGGUGAAGCUGUAGGAACUCAAUCCAGAGGCUUAUCUGAUGAGCUGAUAUGCUAUCUGGUGCCGUUUAGGAACAAGUGUAACUUCUUCUCCAGCAAAAAGAAUACUGAGGAAUGUGUGAUCUGCAAAUCAACCUAUAAAAGCCGACAGAAGUUGAUAAGAUUGCCCUGCAGCCAUUGUUACCAUGCAGAUUGCAUAACUCGCUGGCUUAAGAUCAACAAGGCAUGCCCAGUCUGCAAUGAGGAGGUAUUCGGGUGAGCUGUGACGUUUGUGGCUAUAAUUCAGCCUCGUCGUCGUGAUUUCAGGCCACUUUGCUCUGCUGCGAUCUACUAUGCUACCCAUAACCUAGUUGUUUGAUGUGUUCAUCCGACUCAGUUUUUUAUCACAAACCGAUAGAUCUGUGUUGGUACUACGAUGGUUGCCAGUUUUCUAAGUAUGCAACCAAGCAGGAGUAUUUCAGUAAAUAAUAGUAUGGUUUGGUAAGUAUUGCAUUGCACUGUCUAUUAAGUUAGCCCAUUGUGUAUAGUAAGAAGCGAGAGUGUCAAUGUUAUAUACCUCUAGGGAUCUGCCAUCUUUUCUUAUAUUAUAUCAAUAAUAUUGGACAGUUGCGCAUGGUUCUCUCA